UCCACCGGAGGACACUUGACGGGCGCAAGGAUUGGACGGACGUUAUCAGCGCGAUGGGUUUUUGUGGGAGAUGUUGGGAAAGUCAUAUAUGGAUUUUCUUUAUCUUACUAUGGAUCUGUGUCGGUGCCUUCAAUUUAGAUACUCAAAAUAUUCUGAGGAAGGAUGGGGAGCCCGGUAGCCUUUUUGGAUUCUCUCUCGCCCUGCAUCGCCAGUUAGUACCUACGGACAAAAGAAUGCUGCUGGUUGGAGCUCCCAGGGCCAGGGCCUUGGCUCAGCAGAUGGCCAACAUCACUGGAGGCCUGUAUAGCUGUGACAUCACGUCCCAGUCACAUGACUGUGAGCGUGUUGAGUUCGAUAAUGAAGCCGACGUGAGUGUGGAGAACAAGGAGAACCAGUGGAUGGGUGUGACAGUGCAGAGUCAAGGACCAGGAGGCAAGAUUGUGACUUGUGCUCAUCGCUAUCAGAGGAGGCUUUUUGGGAACACGCGUCAAGAGUCGCGCGACAUCAUUGGUCGCUGCUUCGUCCUGAGUCAAGACCUGACCAUUGACCGUCUUUCGGAUGAGGACGGUGGGAACUGGAAGUUCUGUGAGGGCCGAGCGAGGGGCCAUGAGAGAUUCGGCUCUUGCCAGCAGGGUCUCUCCGCUACCUUUACCAAAGAUUAUCACUAUGUGGUCUUUGGAGCCCCAGGAGCCUAUAACUGGAAAGGCAUCGUGCGGGUGGAGCAGAAGAACAACACCCUGUUGGAAAUGGGCCUUUACGACGACGGGCCUUACGAGGUCGGGGAUGAGAACCGACUGGACCCGCUUCUUGUGCCAGUGCCUGCAAACAGUUACCUUGGGUUUUCGCUUGACUCUGGGCACAGUAUCACCAGAAAAGGAGAACUAACUAUUGUGUCUGGGGCUCCAAGAACUAACCACAGUGGGGCUGUGGUUCUGCUAAGAAAGGAAGGGGAAGUUUCCACCAUGCUCUCCCCAGAGUUCAUUCUAGAAGGCCCUGGGCUGGCAUCCUCCUUUGGAUAUGAUGUUGCCGUGGUCGACCUAAAUAAUGAUAAGUGGCAGGAUAUUGUUGUCGGAGCUCCACAGUUUUUCCUGAAAGACAGCGAAGUGGGAGGGGCUGUGUAUGUUUACAUCAACAAGGCUGGCAGGUGGAAUGACAUCACCCCAAUCCGUCUCAAUGGAACCAAAGACUCCAUGUUUGGCUUGGCUGUGGAAAACAUUGGAGACAUCAACCUGGACACCUUUCAAGACAUAGCUGUUGGAGCUCCCUAUGAUGAUGACGGGGCAGGAAAAGUGUAUAUUUACCAUGGCUCCGCUAAUGGAAUCAUCACCAAACCUGCACAGGUUCUCAAAGGGAGACAACACAAUAUUAAGUUAUUUGGAUACUCCCUAGCUGGAAACAUGGACCUUGAUAAAAAUUCGUAUCCUGAUAUUGCUGUCGGGUCCCUGUCAGACGCAGUGUUUGUUUAUAGGGCCAGGCCUGUCAUAAGUAUCAAAAAGGAUGUGACUGUAACACCAAAGAAGAUUGACCUGACAAAGAAAACCUGUGGGAACAGCAUAUGUCUCACAGUUGAAGCUUGCUUUUCCUACAAAGCCAACCCUUCAACAUACAGCCCUAGAAUCACUAUUUCCUACCUGUUUGAGGCUGAAUCGGAACGGCGCAAGCAGGGACUUAUGUCCAGAGUGACAUUCCUUAAAAAGGCAGACUCGGAUCAAGACUUCCAGUCCAGUGGAAAACUGGAACUCCAAAGACAGAACAAGAAGGCAUGCUUUCGAUCCGAACUUAAACUUCAGGACAACAUUAAGGAUAAAAUCAGGGCCAUUCCCAUCGAGGUGUCCGUGGCCAUCCAGAGCAGUAAGCGGGGCAAGAGGCAGAGCGCACUACCUCAGCUCAUCCCUGUGGUGAACUCGUCCGACUCAAGCAAGGUCCUCGCAGAGGUGCACUUCUUGAAGGAAGGAUGUGGAACUGACAACAUCUGCCAGAGCAACUUGGAGCUUCAGUACAGAUUCUGCUACCGCGAAGCUAAUCAGGAUGUGUUUCCACCUCUGUCUUUGCAAAAUGGUGUUCCACUGAUCUCCCUGAGUGAUCAGAAGGACAUCGCUCUGGAGCUGACGGUGACUAACAGGGGUGGGGACGACGCCUAUGAGGCCAAGCUGGUGGGGAUGUUCCCCAGCUCACUGUCCUACUCUGCCUUCCGCUCUCAGAAGACUGGGGAUAAGCAAGUAAUUUGUGCAGCAAAUCAAAAUGGCUCUCAAGCAGACUGUGAACUUGGCAAUCCACUCAAAAGAGAUGCAGAGCUGAAGUUCUACAUCAUAUUGAGCACAGCAGGCAUCUCUCUCAACACCACUGAAAUUGCUAUCAAUCUUCUCCUUGAAACAACCAGUCAGCAGGAGAGGCAGGUCAAAGUGGAGGCCAAGGCAAAAGUUGUGAUUGAGCUGAUGCUGUCUGUCCACGGGGUGCCCAAGACUCCCCAGGUGUACUUUGGCGGUGAUGUCAAGGGAGAGAGCGCCAUGACCUCUGUGGAGGACAUCGGCUCUUCGAUUGAAUACGAGUUCAGAAUUGCCAAUCGUGGGAGGCCUUUAAAGUCCUUUGGCACCGCUUCACUAAACAUCCAGUGGCCUAAAGAGAGUUCUGUGGGGAAGUGGCUUUUGUAUCUCGUGGAUAUUGAGACGGAGGGCUUGGAUCAGAUCACAUGCUCACCAAACGCAGAGGUUAACCCUCUUGGAUUUCCUAAGGAAUCAAAACCAUCCCGGCAGAAACGUGCGGUUGAGGAGCGGAAAACAAGGGAAGGAGGAGGGCUCAGUUCUCUGUUUGCUGAAAAAAGGAAAUACAAAACACUGACCUGCAAUAAUGGAGUGAAAUGUGUGGAGAUCAAGUGCCCCCUGCAGGGCUUAGAUAAUACUGCAGUCAUUCGGCUGAGGUCUCGCCUCUGGAACUCCACAUUCCUUGAGGAUUAUACUACCCUCAGUUAUCUAGAUUUGAUAUUCAAAGCAUCACUCAGCCUUGAUGUAUCCACACAGAAUAUUAUCCUGAGAGAUGCAGAAACUGAGAUGAAAAUCACCGUGUUCCCAGAGAAGACAGUGGCCCUCUACAGUGGAGUCCCCUGGUGGAUUAUCCUGGUGGCAGUGCUUGCAGGCAUUUUAAUGCUGGCUCUCCUGGUGUUCUUGCUGUGGAAGUGUGGAUUUUUCAAGCAUGCCAAAUAUGAGGACACCGUGCCUAGAUACCAUGCUGUGCGUAUACGGAAAGCUCCGAAACAGUUUAAGGAUGGAAAGAUUCAACUAAGUCCGUUUGAGAAAAAGCAAUGGAUGACAACAUGGACUGACGAUGAGAGUUACUCUUAAAACACAAUGUCAACAUCCAUGGUGCUGCCUACUCUUGUAAGAAGAUCUGGAGUUACAAUUUCAAUGGCCCAGGGAACUCAUCUUCAAUGUUUUUCUUUUGCACACUUGAAACUGAUGUUUUUAAAUGUCUUACCAUUUGUUUAUCAUGAAUAUACAUUGAUACAGUGCAAGAAUUCCAGGGAAAAGAAUAAACUGACACUUGGGAUUUCCACCUGGAUACUCAGAGUUGACAGAAAGAGGAGAAACACAAUGUCUCAAGAUGACCAAAGUAGACAGUUUCUUUGAGGCAACAGACCUUAUCAAAUGUACAUCUUUUUUGUAAUGGCAUAUCAGUCAUCAUUAAUCUGCUUCAGCCAGUUCACAAAAAUGACCAGAAAAUUGUUUUGUAUAUAUUUAUUUUUAGUACACUGUGUAUAUUUAUUUUUUCAUGACCUGUAAAUUCAUUUAUUUGCCAAAGAAUUUGUCUUUUUUUUUCAUUUUAUAAUUACAUUUUUGAGGAAGCAUGAGAGACUGGCACCUCUUGCAGCAUGUGUUUAUGUUGCUGCCAGGUACAACACAAAGCAUCAAACCUCUUUAAACACAAAAUGAUCUUGUGAUGUGAGCUUGGUCCCUAUGACCUAUGGAGACUUUGCACUUGUGUGACAUACCAAGUCAGUUAGGCUUGUCAAAAAACCCUUGCUUGUAAACUCAAAGGGCUGGUUUUCUAUGAUUGGAUUAAGCCUAGUUUUAGACUAAAAGAGAACAAUGAAUAUUUUCAUUGAAGAAAAAAAACCUAUAGUCUUGAACUAUGUAAUCAUUCACGACAAAGUGGACCAAAAAGUAGUAGAUUAUCAUACAAGCCAUGUAGUUUUUACACUGUUUCGACCAGAUUUAAGAUGUUCUAGUAUUGCUUGGACUAGUUGCAAUAUUGCAUUUUUAUUUCCCCUUUCAAAAGUGACAAUUGUUGAACUGUGAAGGUAGGAUAGUGUCUGUAGUAUAGAUUAUUGGGCCAACAGCUAGAGAGAUCUGCUAUGAUUCAUCAGGUACAAUGUAGGAUAUGUUUACAGACUCUCUUACAUAAUUGUGUAACUACUGUGUCCAUGAUGAUAUGAUCAAUUUCAUGGUAAAGGAUUCAAUAUGAAUUUCAGUCUGUUUAUAACUUAACAAAGGGACAUUUUUAACAUUCUAUUUUAGAAUCCUGCAAGUGAAAAUAAUUAAAUAAGUUAAGUAAAUAAGAAGCAAGCGCACACACUAGUUACACUUUAUCUUGAUGUAUUUCUGGUUUUCUAGUUUGAGGAAUGAGGAAUGCAAGUAGGCUCAGAUGGAGGAAUAUGGUUUGGGUAAGGUGCUAUUAUGAUUAGGUUUGGAGGGGUUCAUGAACUGAGGUUUAGUCUGGUUAUGGCAAAGUUUAGCUGACAGUUGAGAGUUACAUGACAGAUACUGGAUAGAUUAAAGAUGGUGUACAAACUGCAGACUGUCUUUCAUAUGCUGUCCAAAUAAAUUGUUAUAUUGUGUUUUUGUAAA